CUUCCGGGGGAGCCGCAAGGGCAACGGGUCGGCGGAGGCAGAAAAGCGUCGGACGCCGGGCAGAUCAUGGACGCUUGACAACCUGCGGGCGGGCGCCGGGAGGCCAAGCCAGCGACCGAGACGACAGAAAGGCGGCCGAGGACAGAUCUCAAGGCCAGAGAAUGGCAGGUGAACAGAAGCCCUCAAGUAACCUCCUGGAACAGUUUAUCUUACUAGCCAAAGGUACCAGUGGUUCAGCCCUCACUGCUCUCAUAAGCCAAGUUUUGGAGGCUCCUGGAGUAUAUGUCUUCGGAGAACUGCUGGAGCUGGCCAACGUGCAGGAGCUUGCAGAGGGAGCAAAUGCUGCUUAUUUGCAGUUGCUGAAUCUGUUUGCCUAUGGAACAUACCCAGAUUACAUAGCCAACAAGGAGAGCCUGCCAGAACUGAGCACAGCUCAGCAGAACAAGCUGAAGCACCUCACCAUCGUGAGCUUGGCGUCGAGGAUGAAGUGUAUCCCUUACUCCGUGCUGCUGAGGGACCUGGAGAUGCGGAACCUCCGGGAACUGGAGGACCUCAUCAUCGAGGCAGUCUACACUGACAUCAUCCAGGGCAAGCUGGACCAGCGAAACCAGCUGCUGGAAGUGGAUUUCUGCAUUGGCCGUGACAUCCGAAAGAAAGAUAUCAAUAAUAUUGUCAAGACCUUGCAUGAAUGGUGUGAUGGCUGCGAGGCAGUCCUGCUGGGCAUCGAGCAGCAAGUUCUGAGAGCCAACCAGUACAAGGAGAACCACAGCCGAACUCAGCAGCAGGUAGAGGCCGAGGUUACCAACAUUAAGAAGACCCUCAAAGCUACCGCGUCCUCCUCGGCUCAGGAGAUGGAACAGCAGUUGGCCGAACGAGAAUGUCCCCCUCACGCCGAGCAGAGGCAGCCCACUAAGAAGAUGUCCAAAGUGAAAGGUCUGGUCUCCAGCCGCCACUAGGGCCGGCUGGGGCAGCUGGCACUCACCAGGCCUGGGUCAGGUGGGGAGGGGACACUGAGGGCCUGCUUCCUCCCCUCUCCACCUUCCGUGAGUUCCAGACCUGCCCGUCCCCUCACCAGCGCCUCCCCCCUCGUUGGUACUGUUCCAGAAGAACCGUUAAAGACCCUUCCCCCACCCCACCGCCCCUGUCCCCAGUUGCUCCCUUCAGACUCAGGGGCUCCACGGAUGCCAUCCCAACAGGGCCGACACUGCCCAGCUUCCCUCCAGGAGGUUCUCGUUUCUGUCUAAGGGCUUGUCUCCCUCCCAGUUUUCCUUUUGCUUCGUGUCAUUUUGUCAGGCUGUUCAUAAGCCGGAAGCAGCUUUAACUGGCCCACAGGGAUGGGUGCUCUCUGAGUGAGGGGGCCGCCUUCCUUCUCCAGCCCCUUGUACACAGUACCCACAGAGGUGUGGGCGCUUUCUAGUAGCCAGGUAUCAAAAUGCUUCGUUUUCCCUCUCCUGCCUUACCCCUUGUUGGCAGCUCCGAUCAGGCCAUGGAGGGAUGCCGACGCUGGGCUGUGUUUACUAAACCUGCGGGUUUUCAGCCUCUUAAUGCCCAGCUCCAAUCUCUCAUUAGCUGGGAGCACUGGGCUGUCUUUACCCCUGGUAUCUGAGCACCAGUGCUGGGUUGCCAUGGGUCUGCUGGGUGGCAGAAGUCUCUUCCAGCUUGGUGUUCUCUGGUGGCUUCGCUCCCUGCUGCCUUGUGACUACUCAGACUGGCCUUUGGUGUGAAGGCCCCGGCUGCCCACGGGGGCUGUCUGCCAACAUUCGCUCUCCCGAGGUCUUUAAUUCCUCCCGGCUGCAUCCGUGGUGGGGAUGGUGUGUCGCGGCCCCUCUGGUGAAGGAUUUGUUGCUGCUUCUGUUUCUUUCUUCCCACCCUCCCUGGCUGGUGCCCCAGAGCCCUCUGAUGAUGGCAUUCUCCUGGCAAGAGAAAAGGACUUGACUAGUAGCCUUUCUGAACUUGAACAGUUUCAGGUUAUAUUUUAAUUUUUUUUUUUUUUUUGUACAGGUUCUGAUUCUAAUACAUUUCAACAUGCCUUUUUUCCC